CUGUAGUUGAGAGUUGAAGAGAUCGAGAGAGAAGUCACAUUUUACUUGUAGUAUCAGUACUGUCUUGUGUUCCUUUGACUUGUGAAGGUCAGUUACUAGUGGUUGUUUUAAACUCUGAAUCGUAGCCGCUUCGUGCGUGUUGUUCGUUCCUGUCACUGGCGUUCCGUAUUGCUGAUACAGAAAUGAAUGGAAAUCCACCAGGAGCUCGAGCUGAUGGGCUUGCAGGUGCACAGAAGUCGCACGCAGACUUAUUCGCAUCACUACCCUCACUGGGCCAACUAGCAUCUCUUUCCGACAACCAACAGCAGCAGCAAAACAACACAAGUCAAGGAUCUGCUUGCCAUGGCCUGUCAACUCUACCUUCUCGGCCAAGUCUCCAGCAGCUCAGUGAGUGUUCUUCUUCAGUAAAUGUAAGUGGGCCUUCUCUAGCAUCGUUGGCUGACAUUCGAUAUGGUGGCUGCUCUGCUGGGCUGUCGGCAUCUUCUAUUUCAACUGCGCUUACCUCGUUGCCCACCCGGUCAGAAAAUGCAGAUACUCAGUGCUUUCAACCCCAACCAAUGAGUCACCCUGCCCCCUCACUAUCGUCCUUGGCUGCACUUCAGAGUAAUGCCAUCUCCGUUGGGUUGCCAACAACCCAUCGUGUACCACUCGGUGCCUCUUCGACAGAAAAUGAACAUUCGCUCAAGUCACAGCAUCGACCAAUGGACUGUGCAGCCUCCUCAUUGUCAUCUUUAGGUGGACUUAAAACCGGCACGUCUUCUGUAGGAGUGUUAACAGGAGCAUCUUUGUCAUCACUUGCUUCAUUGUCAUCACUUGCUUCCCUGUCUCAGCUGUCUGGUUCUACCAGAGCAGUCAAUAGUCAGUUUAAUUUGCUUCCAAUGAGUGUGCAGCCUCAGCAACCAGUUACUGGUGCCGGAAUAGCCUGUCCUGGUACCGACAAACGCUCCACAGUGCCUGCAGGGGCGCUUUCGUCUCUGUCAUCAUUGCCAUCUGUGUUGUCACUUCAGCAGCUCAGUGGCUGCACAGCAUCUCAAACCCCAGUGUCAGCACCCUGUGCUGUAGAUUCACUUGGCAGAAGGUCAGUUGGACUAUCAGCACCUAUCACACCGCUACUAGCAUCCAUGUCUUUGCACUGUGGUGCUAGUACAGAAUCGAAACCACUCGCACUGCAAGAAUCCGGUAAUGAGGAAACGAUGGCCGGGCCUAACCAACACCACGCAGCACAUGGAGAUGAUGCAGCUCUCCCAUCUAUGACUAGCCUGAGCUCAUCAUUGCCAGAAUCUCCACACGGGCGGUUACGAAGUGGUGCCGCUGCAGGUUCUGCAAGGGUCUCUCGUGGAGCAGCGUUUCCCAAUUCAGCUCGCGAAGAGUCAGAUGAAUUGUGUCGGAGACGAAAGCAAGCUCAUGGCCCGCCGAUAGAGCUGAAGAAGCAGCCGUUUAUGUUUGGACUUAUCUUAUGUAUGGAGAUGCCUGCCAAGAGGCGCUUACCGCAGCCAAAAGUGCUCUCCACCGUGGAAUUAGUCGCAAAGUAUGAUUCUAACAUAGAGCCGUUUGACUUCUCCACACCAUCCCCUGAUGAAAUUGCCCUGGCCAAGCACGCCGCAGCAAACCUGCCAACCCGGCAGCGAUGACAUUGAUAGGUAGCAGCAGUGCUACGUUAGUACUCGAAGAAGUGUUAUUAUAGACGAGCAUCUCCCUUUCAAUCUUUCAAUCUUAUGAAUAUUUCAGUAGACUCAUUAGUAGUAUUUUUUAUAGAUGAGCAUCCCCCUUUUCAAUCUUUCAAUCAUAUGAAUAUCUCUUCAUUCAUUUGUUUAUUCAUCUAUAGAAGGUAGGAGGUUACAAACUAAAUUUUCAUUUUGACAAUGCCAAGGAAAGGAGAACAUGAACCCGUUUAAAAAUGUCCACCUUGUGAAAACUGCUGGUUUCCCUGCUAUAUUUUCUGAGAAUUUUUCUCUCCCCUUUGUCGUUCGAAGUUCUUUACCUCCGUGCUUUAUUUGUGGUGGCUAUUCUCUCCAUUCUCUCUAGUACCCUUGACGGGAAGGGAACGAAAACGUGUCAUACCUUUUGAGAAGUUU